UCGACAGUUCACCUGUGAGUCAGCAUCAAAAUUGAAAACCAACUCCCAAAAUAAAGACACCACAACAACAUCGGGCGACGAUAGUUUAGGAAAUUCCCGAAGGAAUAGAACAUUCCUGAUUCCGUGGAACUGGAGACCAGCGGACUCCACCUGUUCUGUCUGAGAUAAGACAGCAAGUCGCUGGUGUCACACUGAUGAUGGAGUGUCAUCGCCCUGACAGUGUCACCGAGUUUCUGGUGACAUCAACACAUCAACAUCACGAUCAACCGCCGUGUCCCACAUUGCUGUGAUUACGUUUUCGCCCUUGGCAUACAUACUGUCAUCAGUUCUAUGAAGUGCUGUCCCCUUGAGCGGAGACGACAUGAAUUAUGGCUGAAUUACUGACAGUGGACUGUGACUGCUGUCCUGUUUGUCACGAACUUUACUCGGAACCCAAACUACUCCCAUGUGCCCACACCAUAUGUCGUGACUGCGUGCUGCUGUGGCUGAGGAAAACCACGUGGAAGGGCUCAUGUCCACUCUGCCGGACACCCAUCUUGUCGAAGACGACCCAGCAACUUGUCCAACAAUCAGACCACGACCUCAUCAAAGCUGUGGACGAGCUGCCGACAGAUCAGGUGACUGCAAACUUCGCUGACACCAAGAGGGUGCUGCGUGCCCCCCACACCUGCGGCAUCUGCGAUGAUCUCACACCUGCGGAGACCUUUUGCUUUCAGUGCCAUCUAAAGCUCUGCUCGUCCUGCUCCAGAUAUCACAGAAAGGUCCCAUCCAUCAGUGAUCAUGACCUCCACGACCUGCGCACCUUGACAUCUGAAACGUUUGCUGCCCUGUCCGGAACGCGAUGUGCGAGUCACGUGGACAAGAUGGCCGACCUGUACUGCUCUGACCACCGUGUGGUCAUCUGCAUGGAGUGCGCCACCAAAUUCUCCCAUAAACGAUGUAAUGUUGAUGGCAUCGAGAAUUUUGGGAAACUUGAGCGCAAGAGACUGAAAGAGCGUGUCUGCUGUCUUCAGGAGAAAGAGAAAGAGUUGGAAAGAGAAAUCAAGCAUUUAGAGGACAUAACGAUCAAAGCCUGCUCACUGUCUGCUGACUUACAAAAGGAGGUUCACGAGAAGUUUGACAAGAUGGCGCAGACCCUGAACGCAAGACGACAAGAGCUUGUGGACCGCCUGAAGGCCAGCGAGUGUGACGUCACUCGGCACGUGACCUCAGCCAAGUCUCAACUGGAGAUGCAGCGAGCGGUGCUUGCAGCACAUGCGAACGUUGGGGAGCGAAUGGUCGCCAUGGCAACAGAUGGUGGCAUUUUGACUGCGGUGGACAAACUGGAGGAUCGUCUGAAGAAGCUGGAAAAGGAAGAGUGGAAAAAGCUAGGAAACAUCUCCAUGGAAGUAGUUAGCAUCGAUCACACAACUUUUGACAGAACCCAACGUGCUGUUGCUGAGCUGGGUCAGCUGACUGCGUUGUUUCUAGAAGCUACGUCGUCUGGACAGACAUUAAGUCUUGCGGGUGGAUGCGGCGUUGAGGAGGAUGACGUAGUAACACCACAUCUGAUUGAACUGAAAGCUUAUACCAACGGAUUACCAGUCGCCACCCGUACUCCAUCCCAACAAACCUUGCGAGUUGCUUCCCCUCGGCGUUGCCUGCGCUAUAGUGGCGCUGCUCUACGCGGGAGGAGGCACAACCACAUACACCACCCUGAUUCCGAGCUCUGUUCUACGCUUUGGUUCUUUGGUAUCCACGACGACUUGCGAGCACAAGACUGUUUAUUAAAUGAGUGGGAUGCUCCAUAAUGACAAAAUGUAUUCAAGGAGUAAUACCUGGAGAUUCUUCUUUCUGCAAGAACUAGUCAGGUGACUGCUGCUCUCAUUCAUCUCAUUACCGACAUAACUAACAUGACGGACAGGUACCCUCCGCUCUCUGAUUUCUUUGUAUUUCAAGUGGAGCAUUGAGCAUAUCGCCUGAUAACAAGUUUGCAAUACCUCAAGACAUUCCAGUUGCUACAGAAGUUUUGUAGACACAUUGAAACCGUUUCCUUUAAAAGCGUGCACAUGUGUACUUUGUUUAUUUAUCGUCUGAAUAAAGCAGAGUUUGAUGAUGUAUAUGUGUUGAUGAGAUGAGGUGCAUUGUGCUUCAGAAUUAUGAAAAUCCACACAGCUUAUCGGAUCCUUACCAGAUUUUUCAGUAGGACUCUUUACAUCUAUUAGAAAGUUGUAAGCCAGUUUGGUUUGUUAUCUUGCUCUGAAAUCUAUUUUAAUAUUUGAUAUACCAGUUAUAACAUUUUACCCACAUGUUUGCUGAGAGUAUUUCACCGAUGAAAGAUGCUCAUCCACUAGUGAUGACAGAUGAGUAGCAUACACAUAUUGGUACAGGUAAUAAAGUUCUUAACACACACACAGCAACAGUAGGUA